ACCUCUAAAUCACUUGAUGGCUUCGUUUGCAGAAACGUCCAAAACAAUCGUUUGGGAUGGUUGAAAAAAGUUGCCUUGGAAGACCUCAGCAGUCUGCAAUAUCUAUAUAUGCAGAACAAUGACAUUGGUCAUUUGGAAGAAGGAACAAUUGAUCAGCUUACAUCACACAUAAAAGGAAUAUACUUCAACGGGAAUGAUCUGACUGAACUUCAUCCUGGAGGGGAGUUUCACAACAUUACCGCAAAUGGACAAAUAAACUUUUAUGGCAACCGCAUAUCGUCUCUGCGAAGUGGUACAUUCAAGCAGAUUAGUGGUGUCACCGACUUGGAUCUUCGUAACAACGACAUAGCUAUCAUCGAGACCAAUUCAUUUCAUGAUAUCUCUGCGGGAUACUUACGCCUGGACGGCAAUCCGACGAAACACUUGCGUCCAUUUGCAUUCAACGAUGUGAGGCUGACGUAUGACUUGUCCUUGACAAGUGCGGAUUUUGUCACUAUUCCUCCAUUCACGUUCAACCAAGUCUCUGGGCGUCAUAUGUACCUAAAUGGAGGGUCAGUGGCGGUCAUCGAGUCUAAUGCAUUCUACACCAAUCGUUUGUCCGGAGAUAUGAACCUUCAAAGUAAUAACAUAUCAGUCAUCAAGGAAAAUGGAUUCUACGGGGCCUCUUGUCGAUACCUGUAUCUACACAACAACCCUGUGACAAAGUUGGAGCCUUUCGCCUUUAAUGACGUCGCAGUCUCCUAUAACUUUGUAAUGUACAGCACCCAGCUGAGGGACAUCCCUUCGUCAGCAUUCAAUGGGGUCACUGCAAGAAACUUAUACUUAUACAACAACCCUGUGACAUCCUUGGCAUCUUACUCCUUCAACAAUACCAGGGUCACCAACGCAUUCUCUAUAUACAAUUGUCAAAUUGAGACAAUCAUGUCCCGAGCCUUUAACGAUCUGACUGCAGAGACCCUGUCCCUGUACAACAAUCCAGUAACCACUAGAUUGGAAUCUUUCGCCUUCAACAACGUCAGGGUCACAGAUUUCUUAAUGUACAGCUGCGCAUUUGCGACGAUUGCUUCUCGGACGUUCAAUGACGUCUCUGCACGGAACCUGUUUCUGUACGGUAACUCUAACCUAACAGCAAUUGCAGAGGAAGCGUUUUCGUCUGUGAAUGUAUGGAGUAGUCUGGAUGGUCAUGGGAGACUUGACUUAUCCAAUUGCGCCAUCAGAGUCAUAGUAGGCAAGAUGUUUACACCUGGCUCCAGAGUCAAAGAACUGAUCCUUCGGAACAACCAACUUCGCUACAUCGGUGCAAGGGCGUUCGAGGAGAUAGAACUAAGAGUCAUUGACAUCAGAAACAACCUACUGGUCAGCAUUCCUGAGACAUGUUUCCAUCUACAGUCCACUGUGCAAAAGCUUGACCUGACAAACAACACGAUUUCUUCCAUUGGCGAUGGUGCUUUUGAUAACUUGCUGUCCCUCGAGCAACUUUUGCUUGGCGACAAUAAUCUACAAGUGUUCUACAAGCUACCAGAUUUACCUAAUCUUGUGACAGUUGACAUUUCCAAAAACGAAAUUGAGUUUGUGGAGGAGAAUGCCUUCAGCAUACUUGCUACGAAUGAGACAUUCCUGUACUUGACCGGUAACCCGCUGGCCUGCAGCUGCUCAUUCUAUAAAACCAUGAGGAAUCUGAGCACAACGAUAUUUGGAGGAAGCUGCUCAACACCUGAACAACUGAUCAACAUAACGUUUGACAGCUCCGGCGACUCCAGCAACUACUUUGCGAACUUUGAUUCCUCAGACUUUCUUUGUGCUCCAACGAAUGUACACGCGGUCGCAGAAAGCAAUAGAGAAAUCAGUGUGUCAUGGGACCACGUACCAGAUUUAGAUGACAUUCAAAGUGUUAACCUCACCAAUGCGACAAUGGGAGUCAUCAAUGGAACGGAAACCAACACAACAAAUUCCAACCAGACAAUGCUCAAUGAGACAGUCAGCAACACAACGGAUUUCAACCAAACAGCAAACAAUACAACAAGUUUCAACGUAACAGCAAACAAUACAACAAGUUUCAACGUAACAGCAAACAAUACAACAAGUUUCAACGAAACAGCAAACAAUACAACAAGUUUCAACGAAACAGUAAACAAUACAACAAAAAGUUUCAACGAAACAGUGAACAACACAACAACGUUAAACCAAACAGAAACCAACUCGACCAAUGUCAGCAUUUGUAACAUAACCAACUUCAACCAGUCAGAAACGAACAUGACAAGCACCAAUAACACCAAUAACAACUGCUUCAAUCAGACUCAAGCAAAUGACACAGACAUCAAUGAUGAACAACUAGAUCAAGUCAGCUAUCCAUACUAUCUAGUCACCUGCACAAGUGAAACAGCGCCAACGAUCAGCAGAGGCCUUAUUGUUACCAACUUCACCAUGUUCAACGCAUCUGACGGAGUCCAGGCAGGAACUACUUACACAUGCGCAGUGCUGUACAACCAGCUGGGUGACUUCAGCGCAUCCAGCUGGCCAGUUACGGUCACUACAUUGCAGGAAACAGAGGACAUUGACGAGAACAGCAUGCAGGUUCCGAUCAGUUACUAUGAUUUCAGCAUCACCCAUCCGGACUUCGACGGUCGACGGCAAGGAGAGUUGUUAGAUCCAACUUACAUGGUCAACCCAUUUGGGGGAUAUCUGUCUACAUCAGAUGACCCAACGCUGGAUCCUAUCGCGCGAUGGUUUGUGUCUGUUCCCGGUGACAACUUUGCUCGAGAGGAGACGCUGGUUCUGACGCAACAAAAUGGCACCGACGUAUACAGAUUCUACGAUAAAGAUUUCUUCCCCGUGGAUGGAUUUGGUUAUGGCUUUGAGGGACAGCGCGAUUGCAAUAACACUCUGCACAAUUUCGGUUUCACGGCAGCUGUUAGAGCAGCACUAACCUACACUGGGAACGAGAUCAUCACCGUGGGUGGUGGGGACGAGCUCUGGCUCUUCGUUGACAGAAAGAGAGUGAUCGACCUGCGCAGAGAAAAGGGAGACAAAUCAGAAAUAACUUCGUGCAGAAGGCUAACUUUACAGGGUUCUCGAAGCGAAGGGGGAACCGUCAUUGAUGGGGAAUGCGUGAUUCACGGAAACGCAACCGACGACACCGUGGAACUGGAACUAACGGUUGGAAACACCUACCACCUUGACGUAUUUGUGGCGGAACGAGAACCGUGUGCAUCUUCACUUUUUCUUGAAGUCGAGGAUGUGGUUCUCUCCUUCCCAGUGGUCGACAUUUCGGCAGACAAUGUCAGCAGUUUCGCCACAGGGGCACCAAAUAUUUUCAACAGUACCAAUGAUUCCCUAGCAGCAACGACUGAAGAACUGAGCAACACAACCACGUUGCCGACAUUGACACCAGAGACAGCCACAUCGACAGAACCACCAUACAGCACAGUGAACCACACAGAGGCGGCGAACAACAUAGGAAAUCACACAGAGGCAAUGAACACUACGACCAACUACACAGAAACAACAGAGCCGCCUGUAACCAGUAACCGUACAGCACAACAGAAUAUAAGUACUACCAUGUCCAGCGCUGAACCAAUGGACCGCCCUGCCGGGUUUCCCGUCGACUAUGAGCCAAGAAUUCAGGAGGAUCUUCACCAAAACGGAAUAGUACAGAUCGUCUCCCUCGCUAGCGUGGCGUCAACUGACAGUUUAUUCACCAUUACCAUCUUAGAAGGCAGCGACGGUGGCCACUUCACAAUUAAGAAUGACACUGACGAAAACCGAGCAGAUGCAGAAGACAUACCGACACAGAAUGUUACCUGGGUAACUGUAGAUGGGACCUCGUUCGUCGUUUGUAACCAGACAGUUUUGGAAACAACAUCAGAAGCAGUGGGGAUGGACGUGCAGACGUUUGUGAUCACCACACGGUCGGCCCUCAUCACCCUUGCAGCUGAUGUAGACUAUGAGGACGUUCAGCAGUAUGAACUGGUGCUCGUAGUGGAGGACAACAGCGCGGCUCCCGCGCGGACAGGGACGUUGGCCAUAGAGAUAUUUGUGGAAGACGUGAACGACAACUGUCCAAGUUUCACCACUAAGGAGUUCGACGUUGAGCCCAAACCAGUGUUGAGUCCAGGCCCAGUCUUCACCCUUCAGUGGGUGGACAGGGACAGCAGACCAAACGCCAUCGUCUCGAUCUACAGAACUCAGGAGGUUCAACAGACGUACCUCCACCAGCUGCAGUUUUCUGUAAUUGCCGUUGACUCGGGCACACCACCACGUGGGGACAUAGCAACCGUUUCCAUGACAAUCAGUGACACAUGCCUGUACGACAGCUUGAACAAGUCCAUUGAAUAUGACGUCAGCGUCGAGAACCAUACCGGGAACGUUUACAUCCGGGUUCCAAAGUACUACGUCAAGACGUUUGUAUGCUUUGAGCCACUUGGUAUGGAAAGCGGAUGGAUACAUAUAAGUCAGAUCUCUGCGUCGUCCGCGGAUGAAUUUUAUGGACCUGAUCGCUCCCGUCUCAACAACAAUGCAUCUAUAGCCAGUGACGGCGGGACGCAUGCCGCAAGGGGGAACUGGAGGGCGGCAGUAACCGACGCCGAGCAAUGGCUACAGGUAUCAUUCCUCGAAGAGGUCGUCAUUAAGGCAGUGGUGGUGCAGGGAAGUUUCGAUGCCCAGGAGUGGGUGCAGACAUACAUUCUUCUCUACAGCAACGACAGCAUCAACUGGCAAACCUACAAGGAAAAUGGAACUGUAAAGCUUUUCAACGGAAGCUCUGAUGCCUCCACUCCACAACAAGAAGUCCUGCUUGACCCAAUCACCACAUCUCAUAUCCGUAUCAAUCCGCAAUCAUGGCGUAACCGCAUCAGCAUGAGGAUCGAACUGAUUGGCUGUACCGUGAGAAUGCAACACAUUCGUGAGACAGCCUGCGCGCGCUGUCCAACAGCGUACUACUGCACGGGGGAUGGAGUGGCCAGGCCUUGCGGGCGGUGCGACCCACCCUCGGCGGCCUGUGAGCGCUCACCCACCGAGCAUUCGUUUGGAGGAGCGUCGGAGUGUAGCCCUUGCCCAAUUGGUCGGAUCUGUAAAGAUGGCUACGGACAUGUUUGCCGCAGGUACCAUUAUGCCGAGCCUUGCAACGAAACGCAUUGUCCAGACAGUUGCACGCCUUGUGAACCCGGUUAUGCCUGCUUCUUUGGCCGGAGGUACCAGUGUAGACCAGGUUUCUACGGUACUGGCCGUAUGGACUACUGCGUCCCCUGUCCGGCGGGUUCCUACAACAACCAGAGCGGGGCCACAGGCUGUUUCUGCUGCCCGCCUGGGUUCUACAGCACGGUGGGGAAGACGGAGUGCGAACCCUGUCAUCCCAGGACAUGGUCACGUGGCGACUGCACGAUAUGUCGUGACUGUCGGGACAUCAGCGAGUGUCCAUGUCUUUCAAGCCCAUGUUUUGGUGACGUCACUUGUCAGAAUAUUAACUCCUCCUACUACGUGUGCAGCGCAUGCCCACCAGGGUACAGCGGGGACGGGGUCACGUGCGUGGACGUCGACGAGUGCAACAUCACCUCCGCUUGCCAUGACUACUGCGAGAACACUAACCCAGGCUACGUGUGUGGCGCAUGCCCAAAAGGAUAUAGCGGGGACACGGCUGUCGCAUACGGACUGGAUCAUGCACUCCAACACCCACAGGUUUGUGAAGACGUGGAUGAGUGUGCCGUAGAUAAUGGAGGCUGUCAUCAAUAUGCAGAGUGUGUUAACACCCUGGGAAGCUACCGAUGUGGCAACUGUGUUGAAGGUUACAUCAGCGACAUCUACCUGGGCUGCAUCCCGGAAGACUUGUGUCAACUCGGCAGGCACAACUGUAGCAGCAACGCCACCUGUCUGUCUCUGGGGAACGGCAAGUUCAGAUGCAAAUGUAACCCGGGGUACGGUGGAGAUGGGUACCGGUGCGGACCUGACACGGACCAGGACGGCUGGCCUGACGAACCCGUCUCGUGUCUGACACGAUGGUGCAAGCAGGACAAUUGCCCACUAGAGCCUAACAGCGGACAGGAAGAUAACGAUGGCGAUAACAAGGGGGACGUUUGUGACCAAGAUGACGACAACGAUGGACGCCUUAAUUCUGUUGACAAUUGCAUAUUUGUCUCGAACUGGGAUCAAAAGGACACGGAUCGCGACGGUUACGGUGACGUAUGUGACACGUGCCCACUAUUAGCCAAUCAGGACCAGACCGACACGGAUGGAGAUGGCACUGGGAACGAGUGUGAUGAUGAUGACGAUGGUGACGGUUUACUAGACGCGUCAGACCCCUGUCCGCUUCUGAACGACACGCAGUCCGACACAGACAGCGACUGUGUUGAAGACGCCUCCGACAACUGUCCUAACGUCAGUAAUGCUAACCAACAGGACUCAGACAUGGACGGAUACGGGGACGCCUGUGAUGGAAAUGACAAGGAUGGUGACACGGUCAUCGACACAGUGGACAACUGCGUGGACAUUCCAAAUUCGGAGCAGACGGACACUGACAGUGACGGCAUCGGUGACGCAUGUGAUGACGACAUUGAUAAUGACGCCAUGCCAAACGACCGAGACAACUGUCCCUACAUCCCCAACCCUGGCUGGGUCGAUACUAACGGCAACCACGUGGGAGAUGCGUGUGAGUACGAUUACGACGGCGACGGUGUCCCGGAUGUUGAUGACGUAUGUCCCAAGCACUCCAACUAUCACGUGACGAGCUUUGCAGGUCACGUGUCAGUAAACCUUGCUGGGGGAGCUGCUCCAACUUGGGCUGUUACUGAUGACGGGCGGGAGAUUCGACUCACAACCCACACAGACGACCCAGUUGUACUGAUAGGGAAUGACCGUUUCGGACCUGUAAACUUAACGGGCACCAUCUUCGUCACUGAGGACUCUGGGAACGACUACAUCGGCUUCGUGUUCGGUUACCAGAGUAACCGGAAGUUCUAUGUCGUCAUCUGGAAACAUGAGAACGAGAAUGCCGAAAGCAGCGCCACCUAUGGCGGCAUAAAAGGACUGCAGAUUAAGGUAGUAGAUUCCAGCACAGGCCCCAGCUCUACACUUGCUGACGCUUUGUGGCACACCCAUGACACGGCUAAUCACGUGACCAUGUUGUGGCACGACCCGGACAUGCGCGGAUGGAUACACCGCACUCCGUACACCUUCCAGCUGAUGCACAGACCAUCUGUUGGUUUGAUACGGGUUACUGUAUCAAGUAAUCGCCGCCUUCUGACGGACUCCGGAAACGUGUACGACACCACCAUCCUGGGGGGUCGGCUGGGCGUGUUCCAGUACAACCAGUCAGGAGUCAUCUGGUCCAACCUGCAAAUUGCAUGCGGAGAGAAAGUAAACCAGGCUAUUCACUUCGAUGGGAAGGACGACUAUGUUGAGCUCGCGUCCGUUAUCGCUCUAGAGUUAUACGACAGUUUCACAAUAGAGUCAUGGAUCCGUCUGACCGGAGAGGCGGCCGACUCCAAGAUGCCUGUGAUCUGUACUCUGAACAACAGACUCUGCAUGUUCGUAGAGAACGGUUUCCUAUACGGAAGGCUUGGGACCAGCGUUGUGCAAUCGUAUACCGACAUCCCAGCAGAAUGUUGGUGUCAUAUUACCCUUCUGUAUGACGCACAAGAAUGGCAGCUGUCUCUCUACAUAAAUGGUUCUUUGGAGACAAGUACGUCGGCAGUCACUCCUUUAGCCUGGACCGGAAACGACACAAAUGUGUACAUCGGAAGAGACGAAAACGACUUCUUUAACGGAACGAUGGACGACAUUCGGUUGUACGGCAUCAAGCUUCAGGAGACGGAGAUUGCCGAAGACGCCCGAACGUCUGACCGUCUGCGGCAGUUUCACAGAGGCUUCCUGAACGCACAGUUUACCGUGGACAACGAGAAGAUGGAUGCAACGAUGCUGCUUGAUGUCGGUAUCCAUGGACACCAUGGGAAGAUCGUUGGCAGUCCUGUUCUCGUUCCCAGUGCAGUAGACCAGGCGAGACACCAACUCCCGAGUGCGAAGAAAAGACGACGGAGAUCGGCGGUGGAGGACGCGCACGAGGAAUUGUGAAUUGCUGUAGAUAUUAGUGGUGUAUUUCAUUUUGUAUAUUUUGUCACAUUUUAUACGUAAAAUGUAUAUAUAGAUAUAUAAAUAUCAUGUGUUUUUGUACCUUCUCUUGUUUGGUAACAAAGGAUCAGUGGUCUGUUUAUCAUUUUAUUCGCAAAAUCACAAAUAAACAGUUUAUGUUUUUAUA